GGGAGCGCCCCGCACCCGCCGCCCUCGCGCGCUCCCUCUCCGUUAAACCGAUUCAGGCUCCUGGGAAGCCGAGGCCUGUUGCACUUGAACCACCGUCCUCUCCUCCGUUCCCCCUAGUUUUUUUUUUUUUUUACUUAGAAAGCAGAUAUUUACAUUUACAGAUGGGCUCGUCGCAGGCCCCACCCUAGCAAAGAAAAAGAAAAGAGACGCAGAGCCUGGCUCCCGAGAGCUCCUCUUCCCGCCCGGGACCCCUCUCUCCUGGUCCAGGGUCCCCCGAGGCCAGGGACGCCGGAGCCUCUGCCCUUCCCCGCCCAGCACCUGGGGCGAGCAAACCCCUUUACCGCCUGGCUGUUCGCCCCACCCUUUGGUGAUUUAGUGCCCGAGCCCCGCCCAAGGCGCUAAUUUAACUCGACGUGCAGCACUUCCAGGCGCCGCUGCUACGUACGGCUCGCUCCUGGCUGGGACCAGCUUCGUCUCGCUGCCGAGGCCGCGCAGCCCCUGCGCCGGUCCCCGUCCCCGCGGCCAUGCGUCCUGCGCGGCCGAGCGCCCCCGGAGUGCCGCGCCUCCUGGGCGGCCUGACCCUGCUGCUGCUGUGCCCCCCGGCUGCGAGGGGUGACUGCAGCCUUCCCCCAGAUGUACCUAAUGCCCAACCGACUUUGGGAGGUCACACAAGUUUUCCUGAGCAAAGCACGGUAACAUACAAAUGUAAUAAAGGCUUUGUAAAAAUUCCUGGCAAGGCAGAUUCCGCGGUCUGUCUUAGCGACAAUAAGUGGUCACCGGUUGCAGAAUUUUGUAAUCGUAGCUGUGAUGUUCCAACAAGGCUACUUUUUGCGUCUCUCAAAAAACCUUAUAGCGAACAGAAUUAUUUUCCAGAAGGUUCCACGGUGGAAUAUGAGUGUCGUAUGGGCUACAAAAGGGACCCUUCUCUGUCAGGAAAACUAACUUGCCUUGCAAAUUUUACAUGGUCCAAAGCAGAUGAAUUUUGUAAAAAAAAGUCAUGUCCUAAUCCUGGAGAAAUAAAAGAUGGUCAUGUCAGGAUAACAACCGACAUAUUAUUUGGUGCAUCUAUCUUCUUCUCAUGUAACACAGGGUACAGAUUAGUUGGUGCAAGUUCUAGUUUCUGUUCUGUAGUGGGAAACACUGUUGGGUGGACUGACCCAUUGCCAGAAUGCAAAGAAAUAUCUUGUCCAGAACCACCAGAAAUUGACAAUGGAGUAAUUCAAGAGCCACAGAACAUUUAUAUAUAUAGACAUUCUAUAACAUAUAAAUGUGCAAAGGGCUUCACCUUGAUCGGAGAUAAGUCUAUUUCUUGUACUGUGAAAGAUGACCAAGGAGUAUGGAGUGGUCCACCCCCUGAAUGCAAAGGAAGUUCUUUCAUUUCCAAGGUCACACCAGCAGUUCAGAAAACCACUAUAGUAAGUGCUGCACCUACAAAAUCCCCACCAACUCCUCAGAAGCUCACCACAGUGAAUGUUCCAGGUACUGAAGCCCCAUCAACUCUUCAGAAACCCACUGCAAUAAAUUCUUCAGCUACAAACACCCCGCUAACUCCUCAGAAACCCAUCACUGUAAAUGUUUCAGCUGCAGAAACCCCAUCAACUCCUCACAAACCCACCUCAAUAAAUUCUUCAGCUACAAAGGUCCCACUGACUCCUCAGAAACUCACCACUGUAAAUGUUUCAGCUGCAGAAACCCCAUCAGCUCCUCACAAACCCACCUCAAUAAAUUCUUCAGCCACAAAGGUCCCACUAACUCCUCAGAAACCCAUCACUGUGAAUGUUCUGGCUACAGAAACCCCAUCAGCUCCUCACAAACCCACCUCAAUAAAUUCUUCAGCUACAAAGGUCCCACUGACUCCUCAGAAACUCACCACUGUAAAUGUUCCAGCUGCAGAAAUCCCAUCAGCUCCUCACAAACCCACUACAAUAAAUUCUUCAGCUACAAAGUUGCCACUAAUUCCUCAGGAACCCACCACUAUAAAUGUUCCAGCUACAGAAACCCCAUCAGCUCCUCACAAACCCACCUCAAUAAAUUCUUCAGCCACAAAGGUCCCACUAACUCCUCAGAAACCCAUCACUGUGAAUGUUCUGGCUACAGAAACCCCAUCAACUCCUCACAAACCCACCUCAAUAAAUUCUUCAGCUACAAAGUUGCCACUAAUUCCUCAGAAACCCACCACUGUGAAUGUUCUGGCUACAGAAACCCCAUCAGCUCCUCACAAACCCACCUCAAUAAAUUCUUCAGCUACAAAGUUGCCACUAAUUCCUCAGAAACCCACCGCUGUGAUUGUUCCAGCUGCAGAAACCCCUUCAGCUCCUCAGAAACCCACUACAGCAAAUGGUUCAUCCACAACAGCCAAAAAAUCCCCCAUCUCAAACACUGUAUCUACAGAGACCCCACAAGCAUCCCAGAACCCCAUCAAGGCAAAUUCUUCUGCUACACAGGCCACACGAACAACCCAGAGAGUCACCACAGCAAAAGCUUCAUUUACACAGAGUCUUCCAGGAACACAAAAGUCCACUGCUGUACAUGUCCCUGUGACUAAGCGUCUCCACACAACACAAAGACUGACCUCUGCUCAUAUUGCAGCAACACAGAGACCAGCUGUUUCCAGGACAACCACGCGUUUCCAUGCAACAAGCACAUCUAAAGGAAGAGGAACUGCUCCUUCAGGUGCUACCAUCAUUACAUUUGUCUGGUGCUUCCUGGCAUAGCCACAAGGACAACACUGACUCAGGUCCUCAGAAAACACCUGAGAGCCUCCUACCUGCCCGUCACCAUGUGCUAGGUGCUGAGACACUACAACACAAGACAAGCACCUCAGUGUCUGUGCUCCAGGUUUUUAUGUUCUACCACAGGAAGACCACAACUAUACACUUAUUGAAGAAAGAACAUAGAGUUGUAAGAGAGCCAUCACCUGGACAGAACACGGGGUGCCUUUGCUGGGUGGAUGAGUGGUGGGCAGGAAGGCCUUCAAACCAGGAAAUGAAUUGAGAAAGGACAGAUAGGUAAGACUCACAGGGCAGGACUGGAAACUGCAAACGGGGCAGUGAGCUCAAAACGAGGAAAGCUUAGAGAGAGUGCUGGGGAGAAAGUCGGUUUGGAGACGCAGAAAUAGAGUGAGACGAGAAACCAAGGUUAGGAAGGCAGAGUAAAUUUAAUUUAGCCCUGGACAGCAGAGCAGGCUGGCCGAAGGUUAGACAGGCACAGGCAGCUUACUCUAAAGCUUCACUGAUGGGGUCUUAGCAGGGCAGAAAAGUCCCUGACUGAAGGUCUUUGGCCUUGGAGGCCUGGUCUAAUUGGCAAAAAGAAGACAGGGGCUGCUCUGAUGAUUUCUGUGCCUGUCUGUGGAUGUUUUAUUUUCUCUCCUCUGGGGAGAGUCAGUGCUUGGAAACUUCUCAUUGGGGUGUGUUGUGUUUUUGUCUGGGGAGAGUGUAGACAUUCCAAGUAGCUCCUAGUCGUUGAAACUUCAACAGGUUAACACUGUGAGUCUUUACUGGUUUCAUCUGGUUAAUUCUGUGAGUCCCUGUUAGUGAGCUUUACUGGCUUUAUUCUCCCUGCACCCACUUAUGUUUCCCUUUCUGCCCAACAAGAGGACUAUGGUGUGUCAUGUGUUUAGCAUAGAAGUAAGAAUUAUAAAUGCCUAGUGUUUUAGUCUGUCUUGAUUUAAUUAGAAGUUGGAAUCAAUGGAAACAGGUUUUUAAUAGCUUGAAUUUUAGAUAUUGGGAAAUACUUUGACAAUAUAAUUCCUUGAGUUAGACUUGAUAUCAUUAUUUAGAUAAGGGUAAAUCUAAAAAAAAUUUAAAAAUCAGUUAUGAAGAAAAUAAUAUAAAUAGUAGGUGUGGAUAAAAUGAGAGUUCCUGUGGCCAGGAUUCUCACCUGGCCCUGGUUGACUAGCUCACUGCACACCUGUGGGCAAUACAUUGCUAUUGACUCUAUAUAAGGAGCUCCACCCAGUGCUCUGGGAGACACGGUGGCUCAGCUGCAAGGCUGCAGGAGAGCAGAGGCUAGAAUGGUGGCAGUGCCAAGGACAGAGGCCCAGAGGACGGCUGUGUGGGCAGAGAGGCCCAGAGGCAGAGACCGGCUUGCUGCAUGCAGACUCACUCAGAGUGAACAGGAUUUUAAUAAUUGACCUGACACCGUGAAAAUAAAGUUGGGUAUAACCCUUUCACCCCAAGAACAUUUUACUGUCAUUUUCCUUGGUCACAUUGAAUCCGUAGUGAACUUGCUGGAGGCUGAAACCCAUUGGCAAGAGAGUAGGCAUGUUUGAGAAAACAAGAUUUUCUGGUAGGAUUUAUGAUUACUUUGUCUUCUUGUGGAGAAAGUGAAGGUUCCUGUGGCCAGGAUUCUCACCUGGCCCUGGUCGGCUUGCUCACUAAACACAUGUGGGCACUACAUUGUUAUUGACGCUGCAUGAAGAGCUCUGCCCAGUGCUCUGGGCUGCACGGCUGCAGAAGAGCAGAGGCUGGAGUGGUGGUACCGCCCAGGACAGAAACAGACGGCUGCGGGGACAGAGAGGCCCAGAGGCAGAGACGGGCUUGCUGCACGCAGACUCACUCUGAGCGGACUGAUUCUAGUGAUUGACC